CUAGUGACUGCAUUAAGCUAAAUUUUCUCGUCUGGCUGUUACCUGGUAGCAUAGACUCUGUUGAGGUUAACGCCAAAUCAAACCAUUUUUGCGACUCUUAAACAAAGAAAGCCCUAUAUAGCAUUCGAGGUAGCUAGUUAAUCCUUAAGUUAUCAAAGACACAUAAGACUGUGACUUUAACGGACAACGGUGAUUCGGCGUGCUAGCUAAAAAGAAAAAUCCCGAAAGCCUCAACAUCCUUAACGUAACAUUCACUGAUGUUAACGUCCAUCUUCUUAUGUCUAGCCAUCGUUUAAGGAACUCGCCAGCGUGAUUAAUUGCUGGGUUUUUAACUACCAAGAUGUAUGAGAUGUCGGGAUGACAGUAAGAUGGCAAACGGGGUUGGAAAACACAAGCUGCUUAUCAUUGGACCAACAGAGCCAUGGUCAGUGAGGGAGAAGCUGUGUUUGGCCACAUCUGUCAUGAAGAGUGGAGACCAGAACUGGGUAUCUGUCAGUCGAGCCAUCAAACCAUUUGCAGAACCUGGGCGACCACCUGACUGGUUCUCUCAAAAGCACUGUGCCUCCAAGUACUCUGAACUCCUGGAAACAACAGAAGCCCCAAAGAGGAAGCGUGGUGAGAAAGGUGAAUUGGUGGAGACAGUGGAGGAUGUGAUAGUACGCAGGUUGACAGCCGAGAGGAUCGAUGAACUAAAAAAGUUGAUCAAAGAAACACAGGAGAAGCACAGGAAGCUGAAGAGAGAGGCUGAACUGAUUCACGCAGGACAUCUAGAUUCCAAACUAGAAGAGUUAUGGGAAGAGAUUCUGCAGAAGAAGAAACUGCAGGAUGAUGAAGCAGAGUUAAAAAGAAAAAACACAGAUGCUGCUUAUCAGGCCAGACAGGUGGCAAAGAGCACACCUAAGCGAGUGCCCGGUGUCACCAUGCAUUCGCCGUCAGGCUGUAGCUCCCCAAGCCAGGAGUUCUCACCAGGUGACCCACUCGAGAGCUUGACACUGGAUCUUGCAUCCACAAAGAAUGCUUCAGGAUCAGCCAGGUUAAUGACAUUUGCUGAAUCUACUGAACUUGGAAAUGACGACAUCAGCAACGGGUCCCUUCUGGAUGACCCCGCCCAAAAGAAACUCCUGUGCCAGAAAGCCACACCACCACCAUCUCCACUCCUGUCCGAGUUACUGAAGAAAGGCAGUAUCUUGGCAUCAAAUUCCAGACUGAUAGGUGAGGGUGAUGUGUCCACGGGUAAUAUGACCGCAGCACAUGACUUGCAGCUGGCGUCGCCUAGUCAGCCUCUCUCUCAGGCAACAGGUGCCCCGAUGUUGUCUCGUCUCCUGGAAGCAGGUCCCACCCAGUUUUCUGCCCCAUUAGGUUUCAUGGUCAGUGCAGACUCAGCCUCCAGUGCUCCGCUCUCUACUGCCAUUCCCCUUCAUGUUGACUCUACUGCCUCAGCCAUUACAGAGGAUAAGGUGUCAGGGCUCAGUGUGGAGGAUGUGACUGUGUCCUACAUUGGAGAUGAGCUGGACCUGAAGACGGUGGGGGACAUUAUCGCCAUCAUCGAAGACAAGGCAGAUGAUGCAGCAGAGGCUUUCGAUGCAGCUGCAGUGGAGGCUGCUCUGUCCCUGUGUGAGGAGAAUGGCCAUGCUCUGUCUGGUGCCUGGGAGGCUGGGCCUUUCCAGCCCCACGACUCUCACCCCACACUCCCCACAGGGGUCCCACAGUCCUCAUCGCUACGCUGUAGCAUGGAGAGGAAGACAGAAGUGUUAGAAGUUCAAGAUGAGACUUCAAACACACUCUCCUCUCUGUGCAACAGUCAAGAUAACUGUCUUGCAGCAUUCCCCAUGGGACUAAGGAGCGUUCCCCGUACCUCCUCAUCCCCAUAUAACUCAAAGAGUUUGGAGCACUGCCACACUGGAGCACCUUCACGGCCUGAGGCGGUGAGAGAGACUGGAGAGGUGGUGCACUCGAAAAGACAAAUUUCAUUGGAUGUCACCAUAAAAUGCGAGAGUGAGCAGUGGGCACAGCAAAGAUCUAAUAAAUCCCAUGGAGACUCGUUAUUAGAAGAUAUCCCACUGAGAGAAAGGCAUCACAAGGAGAUGAAGGCAGAGAAUGGAAUAAGUGUUGUGCGAAGAGAGAAUGCUUCAGGGACCAAAGUGGACAAUGAAGUCAACAGGCCAGAAGUGUGUGGAGAAGAGGAGGGUGAUGGGGUGGAGGGAUUCUUUUCAGAGCCAGAUGGUGAGAUGGAGCUAGAACCUGCGGCCAGUGAGAGUGAGGAUGGAUACAGCCUCCACACGGCUUCCUCGUCUCUGCAGCUCCAUACAACCGCAGACUCCAUCCCCAGCAGCCCUGCCUCAUCGCAGUUUUCUGUGUGCAGUGAGGACCUGGAGGCACUACAGGCUCACAAGAUCUGGAAGAAAGCCAUUAUGCUGGUGUGGCGUGCAGCGGCCAAUCACAGGUAUGCAAAUGUCUUCCUACAGCCAGUAACAGAUGAAAUUGCACCUGGAUAUCACAGUAUAGUGCACAGGCCCAUGGACUUGGCCACCAUAAAAAAGAACAUUGAGACUGGUUUGAUACGGACCACCGCUGAGUUCCAGAGGGACAUCAUGCUGAUGUUUCAGAACGCAGUCAUGUACAACAGCCUGGAUCACGACGUGUACCACAUGGCUCUCGAGAUGCAGCGUGAUGUCCUGGAGCAGAUUCAGCAGUUUCUAGCUACCCAGCUCAUCAUGGAAACUUCAGAGUCUGGUAUCAGCGCCAAGAGUCUGAGGGGCCGUGAGAGCACACGCAAACAGGACUCCACUGACAAGGUGCUUCACUAGAAUUUUGACAAAAGCAGAGUACAGAAGAAGAGACAAGGGAUGGAGGCACCAGAGGGCGCCGUUGUGCCAUAGAAGCUGACCUCAAGAUGAAGAAAUGAACGUACAGUGUGAAAAUUUUGUCUGACACUGUCCCUGAGCUGUAGUGAAAGGUGUGAUACCACAAGACUGAACAUAUUCUCUGUCAGUUGCACAGAUUCUCACUCUGCAUAAUGUGCAGUCUAACCUUUAUUUGCACUCUAGAUUAAAUGGGUAGAUUGUAAUGUGGAGAAGAUCAUUUCCUCUGAGACAGCCAUACAGACGUGGAUUACAUAUGGUAUAAUCCCAGAUUACAAUGGCACAUUCACAAAGACUAGGUCAAACCUUCCAUAGAAGUAGCUGCAGAUCACUUAGCCUGCUCUGAAUUUCAUCAGGUUAUAUAACUGAAGAUAACAGUUACUCCUAGCCUACAAAUGGGCUGAAAUGAACCUUACAGAGGGCCUGGUUGAACUCCAGAUUAGUGUGCUUGAUUUUGAUCAUAUGUAAAACCAGAGGCCAAAGAGAUUGAUUAAUCUAAUUUCUGAUAGUCUGAGCCCAAAAACUGAAUGAUCAGGGGGUCACAUACUUAUUUCAAACAGAAACAUUUUCAUUGCUGGUAUGAAAUCAUUUGAGUUUUUGUUUUGUUUUUUUUUAGUUUUUUCAAUUUUAAAAACUUUCAAAUGUUGUGAUGAAUUGAUUUUAUCUAUGGUACACAUCCUGUGAAACAGUACCCCCAUGCAUACUCUUGUCGUUUUCAGUGUUUUUGUAAAAGUGUCAUGUUUAAAAAUUUGUUUUGUGGACUUAAAAAUGUUAAAACAAUAAAACAGUAUAAAGAGCCCCCAACCUAUUUUGUUAAACUUGGAUUUGCAAAAAAAAUUUCCACAGUGCCAACUGAAAGCACACCACAGUAGUAACUGCUGCAACCUAACUUGUGUUUAAGAACUGAUUUUAAGUGAAAAAAAGGCCUCAUCUUCCUUUGGGGAACUUCAGUGGUUGACAUUUUAUAUCCUUUUUUUAAGUAUAAAAGUCUGCUUUGCCUAAUUUGUGGGACUAAUGUUUAAAUCAGUGUCACAAGUACGUCAGUGCAGAAGCUUGCAGGUUUUCUCAGGAUUGGGUUAAAAAAAUCUGUUGAAGCUGCGGUGGCCACAUUGACCAAAGCUGUUAAGAGUUAUGUUAUGUGAGCAUUACAAGAGAAAUAAGUUAUCACUGUUGUGUUUCAUAUAACUUCUCUGACCUGUUGUUCCAUAGUGCUGCCUACACACAGAGGGGACACAGCAUCUUCCACCAAGCCGCCACUCUGGUGUAGGACCAAUAAUAAUGAAGGAUUUUGCAUUUGGGUUCUGUCCAGUCAUGUUGAUGCUGAUCAAUAAAACUCAUUCAUAGCUUUUACUGAAACAGAGCCAACUCAUUUACAGGAUGCCACCU